GUCACGUGAAGAAGUUGCGUUCAGCUCGCUCAAAUGAAGCCCUAGUUUGCAUAGUAUUCAUUUCUGUUCCUAAUGUUCUCACGGUCGCUGCUUGGGCUUCUAUUGAUUUUGGUUCACUGAUGCAACUGAGUGCGAUAGCCGUAUAAAAGUUCAGUGUUUUGGAUGUCUCAAGGCCAUAAGAUUCGGACGGCUGAAGUUUCGAUCUUGAGGCGUGUUCUGUGACACUUCGGCUACUCCAGGUCAAACCGUGAACCCUUUUAAAGAUACCAUGGAGAUGACCAAAGCUGCCGCUAUUCUUAUGGCAUUUUUAGCGUUUGUUGUUCAUUCUGGUUCAGCCAUCAGAUGUUGGGAUUGCAACAGCAAGUUCGAUCCCCGAUGUGGGCACGGCCAUUUCGACAAUCACACCCUCGAGACUGUCGACUGCGACCAAAUUUCUUACACUCACCUCGGCAACGCGAAAGCCAAGUACUGCCGGAAGGUUAUACAGUACAUCGAAGGCACGGAGCGCACCAUCAGAAGUUGCGGAUGGCUGGAUGACGCGCGGGCCAUCACACACGAUGGGUGCUACAGCCGUACAGGCACCAAAGACAUCAUGAUAACAUUCUGCACCUGCGAGGCUGACAGCUGUAACUCAGCUCCUCGUCGUCAAACAACAGCUGUAUGGAGUUCGCUCGUCCUUACCUUCGUAAACAGCUUCUUAACCCUUACUCGUGUCGGGUAAAAUAGCAGUCAGCGAAGUGGACAGGGAAGGACAAGCGUUUUGCGGGAGAAUCUAGAAAAAAUACUCUACUUAAUCAACCAUAUAUUUAGCUUCCCCUAUAGGCCUUACUGUUGACGUAAUUCGAUUUUUUUUAAGCAACGAACACUGCCAGGAACUCCAACAAUAUUUGUCAAAUCAAAAUUCACAUUAGGCGGUUACAGUGUUUUCAAAAUCAUGAAAUUCUUCAAUAGUUCAUAACUUGCGGAGUAAUCUUAUAAGCCUGUCCGUAUUUACAGCAUUGUUAUCUUAAUGGCAACCACAAUAUUUACACCAACGUAUUUACUAUUCUAGUUUUAUCUUAUCGUGUGAGACUAUUUGGGUUGCAUUUUUCGCUUAGUUUCUCUAUGAAUUAAGAAUUCUAUAGUUCAUAAAAAAUCAACUUCGUUAUUUAUUUAGACUGUGCACCAAAUUUGACUGGUAUUGUUCUACUAUCGUAAAAUAAUAAAUUGAGACGUCAAUCGGAGUAGGUUUCAGU